AGUUUGGUCGUGGUCAGGAUAUAAACUGAGCCAGAGGAGCUGAAAGUGAAGCUGCAGAGAUUUUCUGGCUGGGUAGCAAGUGGCUGCUCCAGACCAGGCUGCUGAUUACCAAGAUGGACUAUGCCAAGAAGUCACUAGGCCUGCUGUCCCCAAGCUCCCUCUCCAGGUGUGUUUCUGUCAGUGCCUCCAUGACCCAGCAGCUGCUUUCCAGUCCUGUCCCAAGGGCCCGGCCCUAUCGCAUCUGCAACUGGGACCGUAGCAUCCGCAAGGGCCUUGUGGCAGAGAGCCUGAGGGACCUGCUUGACAAGGUCCGCGCCACGCUGCUGAUGGUGGGCGCCAUUUCACUGGUCCUGGAUGAGGAUGGCACCAGUGUGGAGUCAGAGGAGUUCUUCCAGACGCUGGAGGAGGGCACUGUGUUCAUGGUACUAGGCAGUGGGCAGACCUGGCGUGCAGCCAAGAUGGCAGGGUACCAGCUGUCUCUCUCCCGCAAGCCCCGCCGGAGGAUUGAUGUGGCUUGCGUGACUUUUGACCUAUACAAGACCAACCCCCAGGACUUGGGCUGCUUGAAUGUCAAGGCCACGCUCUAUGGCACAUACAGCAUGUCCUAUGACCUGCGGUGCUACGGGGCAAAGAGGCUCAUGAAGGAAGCCCUGCGCUGGACUCUCUUCACCAUGCAGGCCACAGGCCAUGUGCUGCUCGGCACCUCCUGCUACAUGCACCAGCUGCUGGAUGCUACAGAGGAACAGAAAGAAGAGGCCUCAUCUGUGCGGAGCCUUCAGCCCCUUCACUGCAGGAAGAUGCUUCAGUGAGGCCUCUGCCCUUGCAAGUGCCUAGACUCUACUGUGACCUCUCCCAUUGCCACAUCUGCCCAGGAGCGUGAGGUGGAGAGUGGGAGCGUCAGCACUAGGCUGGCUAGGAGGGCCCAGCUCCCCAGGGCAGGUUCCCUUGGGCUCACGUUCCUUGUGCAUUCUGCCUAGGGCUGGAGGCCUGGCAGAAUCAGCUCUGCUUCAGCUUAAGCCAGCCUGCAGCUGGUGACUUGCCUGGAGUAGGUUCCUUCCACACCCUGAGCUGGCCUCACUCUCUCACGGCUUGUUGCUGCCCCAUGGCACUCUCUCAGCCUUGGCACUGUCUGCUACUCCCUGUAAAUAUAUUUAAUCACAUUAAAGAUGAUCUAUAAAA